UUCUAAAGAUAUAAUGCGAGAAGCCUGAGAAAAGGUUCUUAUGAGGGGUUUGUUAUAAGAAUUUUAUCUAGUUCAAUGAGAUUAUUAUUAACAAGCUAGUUUUCGGUUGAACCUCCCCUUCCCUCCCCUCCCAUCCCCACCCAUCCUGUUCUGCAUGCAACAGUUUUGUACUUUCCUUUACAAGGUCCGGACAAGCGACAGUUGUACUUAGGGGAGCCGCAUGCCUCAAUACUCCCAGAAUACAACAGCGAUUUUCCAGCGCCUGUUGUUUUACCAUCCGGGGUAGUGCCUGACGCGGGAGUGGUCCCCGCAGCGGGGGCCAUUGCACCCGCUCCUCUCAUAGCUCCUGCGCCUGUGAUAUUACCAGCUGAUGCCAUCAAGGAGAAGAACAAAGCGUACCCAGAUGCUGAAGGUUGUCACUUUGUUUAACAAAUUUUUUAUCUGUUUCUUCGUAAUCACCAGAAAUUAGUUAUGCGUUUUUACUUUCAUCUUGUCAGAAAAUUUCGUAUUUUAGCCACAGAAUCGUCACUUUUCUAUUGAAAGAAAAACCAGUGUCCAAUUGGCUCAGUUCGAAUUCUUUCAUUUAAUCAAGGUAUUCUUUUGCGCAAGACUUUAAAUCUCAUUUAAAGCAUGUAUUGAUUUUGUGUCUAGGGAAGGCCAAACGUUUUCAGCUUCCCUUUUCAGCCUCAAACCAAGUGACUCAGUCUCAGUGGGCUGGUUCACCACCUCAAGAUGCACUAUCGUCACGGCCUUCAUUGCCAUUUUACGGAAAUCAAAUACCUCAGUCCCCCGAAGCAAGCAUGUUUGGUCAGCAGAUCCCGCUCACUUCUCCACCAACAGUUCCUAUUGCUACAAACGAGAUGUUUGAUGAUCCCACAAACCGGGAUCAACUCAGCUCUACAAGUUUGUCAUUUCUACAAGGGCAGUUUCAAUCCCGGAAUUCACGACCCGCUGGAGAAAAGGUAGAAUACUUUGAGCCCAACGACAGCCAGGAAACAUCGCCUUACUUAGAUUCUAAGCAGUUCGCGGACAACGGCCCGACAAGGGAGGACUUGAAAACUAUCCAGCCUCUCCUCGACAAUGAAAAUGACAUCACGAAUGCCAUAAUCAAAGAUGCUUGGUCACAAGAUACCGCACUUACGUCGUCAAGACAAGCUGUCUCAGAGGGUCUGACCACUUCACACCAACUGGCUAAUAUCGAGUGGAAGAACAAACCAGUUUUUCAAGAAAAACCUUCCAAGCAAUCCAAUCCUAGCGAUUUUGUACUAGACCAGGUGCACCCUGAAGUCUUGCACAAACAAGAAUUAUCGCCCCAUCAUAAUUUGCAGGGACAAAUAUCAAUGGUAGGUGAGGCAAUUCAGCAGACCUAUACUGCGACAACAAACAAUAAAAUUCCAACUGAUAACUCAUCUGCCGGGAUCAUGUUCCAUCAUCAUUUGCAAGAAGACAUGUCGAUGGCAGAUAAAAAAAACCACACCGCCAAGUCAGCAACAACAGACAGUAGAAUUCCAACUGAUAACUCAUCUGCUAUGAUAAAAGACACAUCGAAACUGCGUAAUCACAGUGCAGUUACCCCAUCAUUUGUGGAAAACGAUUCGAUGAAGAACAAUUCGUCCGAUUUGCAUUCUCACAAUGAAUGGUUUACGAAUACCUCGUUAGACAUGGGAAACAGUAGUAUGGCUACUUCGCAGAAAAACCAAUCAUCACUAAAACCAUACACUGCAGCGGAUUAUCUGCAAACUCUUUAUCCUCAGUUAUCAGUCUUCAAAGCACCAUUUGAAAUCGAUGAAAAGAACCCAUCCUCCGCGAAGGCUUCCCUGAAGUCAUCCCCUGUUGCACUGCAUUCGUCACCAUUGCUCUCCAGUGAUGGAACAUUUAGCAAAAACUCUUCUUCACCUUUAAUUAAACUGGCUCUUAAAGAUGACAGAACGAAUAAGCUCUCUCCAGAGAUGCAACGUAAAGUUCAGAAGGCCCUCUUAAUGUCUUUGGUAAAAUCGUCUUCUAACCUUGGACAGAGGUCCGUAGUGAAGCAAAGUCUUAGCGCACCAAGAUACAUCUCGUCGGCGUCGAACUUGCUGCUGGCGAGAUCGAAAAAAACAGGCAAGCAGGCACCGGGCUACAGAUAUUUAACAGAAGCUGGUGCCAAACUUCUCCCAGCGCAUAUUUUCUCACCGCUUGGGAGUGUGUUUAAGGACCCUUUAGGAUCUUCGCACGCUCCUUUAAAAACGAGCUCUUCAACACCUGUCCCAACAACAGCCGGAACUCAACAGAAGGCAAAAACCGAUCCCAGUAUUGAACCAACGCAGAUUGGAUUAAUCCAGCCACAGCCAAAAAUUAAUGAAGAAAAAGAACCCUCUAGCCCUCCUGCCAUUGUUCCAACACAAUCUGGUAUGAUUACAGCCGCCCCGACGACGGCGAAUCCUUAUGUUCCAACUCAAUCAGGAUUUAUAGCAAGUCCGUCUGAUCCAGCGGAGGCAAUCGUGCCAACAAGAAAACCCUUUGUUCCAACUGAGUCAGGAUUUAUCCCCCUCAACACUAAAAGAUAUAGACACGGCGUGUGGCCAGAACAUCACGAAGCAAGAAACAAACCAAAAACAGCUUUCGUUGAGCAAAGAUUGUCCUCACAUGAAACACAACUUACCUUCGAUGAUAGACAAGAACCCGGAACGCCUCAUUUGCACGCGAAAGCAGGGCUAGAAAACGAAAAUUACACGACGAAAGCUCGCGUUUUUAACAGCCGCAUUGGAGAUUCAUAUCCUGCUCAUUCCAGACCACGAAGGCAAGUGUUUGUUCCAUUACCACUUAUGCAAGCAAAUGACAAUUCACAACAAUUUGGUCAGUCAUUUAUUCCUCUCGCUGGUCAGCUUCCUGAUCAAUCACUUCUGUCCAACUUGCAACAGUUGCAGCAACCUGUUCAACAGUUUUUACCUACGCAGCCGCUGCAAUCAUUAUUAUCACAGUUUGUUCCAGCUCCUCAAGCGCUAGACCCCUUGCAGCUUUUCGGACAACCAGAUUCACGUUCUCAAUUUCCACUGCAACAAACACUUAACAAUCAGAUCUCGCAGGGUCUACUCGCACCUCAGCAAUUCCAGAAUCCAGGAGGCACAUUCGGUUUUGCGCCUCAACCCACCUUAGGUCAACUCAGCAAGACCUUGGGACUUACACCUCUUCAACACAUUCCUCCACAAAGGCCUGGCUAUCCUCAGAACGAGCCUCUGACUUCCAUUGGUCAAACAGACUUAUCCCCGGUAAGAGUAAAUGUCCCCAUGAUGGCGCCUCAGAAGAUACCCAGCUUUCUUGCUGCUAGUCAAGUGUACAGAGACUUCGAAGACGUCAAUUCAAGGUCUCAUCUGUCUGAUGAUAUCAUUGGGAACCAAAUGUCACGAGGUGACGUCGCAAGAAAUUAUUUUACCUCCGAGGAUGAUCAGUUGCCAGAGGAGCCUGAAUACGACAAAUUCGCCUAUGAAAAUGACAAGAAAACGUGGGGUAUAGACAAUAACUUCAACGAGAACGAUGGAGUUGACGGCUUGAGGGGUGAAGCCAGGAAGGAAAGGAGACUUCAUUACAUCUCAGACGAUUUAGAUGACGACAAAUCCAUCGGUGAGCCAGAGGAUAUUGAUGAAUCGCACUCCACUUCUAAUCUGAGAUACGGCACAGGAGGAAGGCGACAUUACCGUCCCAGACAUCACCACAGAAAUCACUGGGCUAAUGAAGAUACUCUUGAACCACUGAAUGGAAAAGGCAUCAUUGGACAUAACGACGGAAUCGAUGAAGAGUUGCACGACGUCGCAUUUCACCCAGCAGGUGAGACAACCGAAAAUGCCAUAAAAGAUGAUGCAUACGAAACUCCCAAUCGCAAGCACUAUCACUCUUCAAAGCACAUACGGCCAAGUUCCGAUGAAGAACAGGUUGAAACUAACCAGUUAGAGAAAGGUUCCUAUAAAGAAGACAAAGAGAGGGACGAAUUAAAUGAAAGGGCCAAAACGAGUCAAUCCGAAGCAGGUGUAUCAGACAGCGAGCCUGAUACAGGGCAACCAGAGACAGAUACAGCAGACGAUAGUGACCAGGAUACCCAUGCUGAAUCACCUUCUUCGGAUGACAAGAGUGAAAAGAACGAGGAACUAAAAGAUGGUUUAGAAGAGUCUACAAGCGAAGAAUCACCUGGUGUUUUCCCUCCGACUGCAUCAAUCUCGUUACCCAAGCCAGCUUCAGGUUCCACUUCAACGACAAUGAGAGAAAAAAUUAUCAGGAAAUUGUCUCGUAGUGCUGUUAUGCACUUAAGCUUUGAUACCAUACCGGUAAAACAGGGCGACAACAGCGUCCAAGAUGAUUCUGGUAACAAAAACGACGCAGGUCUUACCAAUGGAGCAGAAAUAUCAAACCGGACAAUGGGCUCGUGCGGCCGUGUUGUUAACCUAAAACACGGUGAAGUCAUGUACAAAGCUGAUCAAUUUACCAGGAAGCCAACGAAAGCAGCUUCUAUUGCAAUGUGGGUCAAAUCCCGAAAACCUGGACUCGUUCGUUGGUUUGACGUCGACGACGGAGCGGAAUCAUCCGCUAAUGGCAGUACUAGGAAGCUUGUUAAAGUGCCAAAGAACCAAUGGAUUCAUUUGGCGGGAACAUUCAACUCAAAGGAUGGAAUUGCGCGCGUUUACGUAAACGGUAAACUUAUUUCUGAAACAGUUGGAAAGAAAAACAAAGGGUUGCCUGAUGAUUUCACAGCCACAGGUAUUGGAGAGAAAUUUGGAGAUAAGUUCAUCUCGUUUUUAGAUGACGUUUUCAUGUUUGAUCGUGUCAUUUCUCCUGCCGAAGUGAAAGUUCUGUACAGAAAGUGCGAGUUUAAUAGAAUGGUUCUUCACUUUGGAUUCCAAAAAGUAAACACAACAACUCACCAAGUCAUGGAUCAAUCAGGUCUUGAUAACAAUGCUACUCUCGACGGAGGAGCGCACAUUCUAAACAGCGGUUGUGACAAAUGUGGCGCAUGCUUGGACGCCUCGAAUGACAAAAUUCCAAGUGUGUAUCUUGACGGGCGCAAAUUUCACCACAAACCAACCUCGGCCAUUUCCAUAGCGUCCUGGAUCAGUUUAAACCAAACUAAAGGACGUCACUCCAUAUUCCAAGCAGUGAGCAACAAAAACGACGAAUGGCAUGAUAUUUACAACUUGGAAGUAGUGAACGGAAAAUUGCACUGGCGCCACAAGACCGCUGCCAGUGGCGUGAUAUUCGACAUCAAAACUGACGAUGUUGCGAUACCCGAAGGCCUUUGGAGUCACGUGACUGCUACUUACAGCUCUGAAACCGGUGACGCCAAAAUUUACGUGAACGGUCUUUUAAGAGGGAGUUUUAACAAUCCUCACAAGCCGAAAUUAUCCGAUGCCUGGGGUCGUGUUUUGAUCGGGGGUCAUUUACCAGAUGGUAAAAAUUUCGCCGGACUCUUGGACGAGUUUUUCAUAUACAACUGGGAGCUGGACCAAUCUGAAGUGCGGUUUGUGUUAAAAUACUGCGCUGAUAAACCGAAACUUGUCUCCUUUACUGUGCGUGUGCCGCUGUUUAAGCGACAAAAGGUACAAAGUGCUCCUGCAGCCUUGAAAUAUUUGUAAUGCUGGAGAAAUUGGAGAACAGAAAAAGCGGUAGUCAUGUUGAAAAACAUACGCCAAGGCAGUUCUAGAACAGGCCCGAACCUUCCGGUCAGUUUCAGACUUAUCGGACUUAUCGCUCGGUGACAAUUCCUUUUUUGGUUCAGUUAAAAGCGUGAACAUGAACACUGAUUCCGACUCGUUGUGAACUAACAAAGUAGGAAUUUCUGGAAUCGAAGAAAUUUGAUAGUACCCGCAAGGGUGUUAUUGUUUUUACAAUAAAACUUCUGAUGUUAAACAUUGCUAUAUGGAAACCGUGAAAUAAACAUUUUUACCAGAAAAACCGCGUGUCUAGCUCUUCGUUUCAAAAACGAGAAGUGCUCUAAAGAGGGCUUUUAUAAAGGCAGUCAAAAAAGAAAGGAAGAAACUACUACAACUUAUGAAUUAACGUCUAGAUAAUGAGUUUUUUAUAAAAUAUGGACUGUUUAAUAAUAAUAAUGAUAACAAUAAUAAUAAUAAUAAUAAUAAUAAUAAUAGCAAUUUUAUUGGGCUCGUUAAAAUUCUUCACUAAACCUUUACAUGAUCAUGAUAAUUAUUUACAGCACAAAACUAUUUACAGUAGCAAUUGUAUCAAAAUCGUUAAAAAAAGUAGGCAAAAUGUAGUUUACAAAAAUAAAUAUAAUGAUAAAUAAUACUACUACUGAUAAUAAUAAUAGCAAUAAUAAUAAAUUAUAAUCGUUUGCUCACGAUGUGGCCAUUUGCGAUGGAGGUCAUGACGUAUCGACUGCAUACUGCUAGUCUUAUUAUUGUCCUUCUCCACGAUGAACAACUACAACCUGUUUUUACAUCGAUUGUAUGUUUUUAAAAUGAAUUGCUAUUAAAUAUUGAGAAAUAACAGAUACAACCCAACUACAUGGAUGCAACAAAAGACUUGAAAACGAGUAGCGUAUUUAGUUACGAAUUAAUAGCACAGCGACAACGGUGGUAGGUUAAUAACUCAACGUAAGCGUGUCACAAGUAGAUCACAAUUGGGUUUGGUCUUGCAACAGUGAUUGAACAAAUUGAAUUGUAUACAUUAUUUCUGUAAAGAUUAGUUAAUUAAAAAAACGACACACGUUCCCUGGACAAGUUACAACGCUUAGGCCCAGGUCAAACGUCGAACUUCACAUGAGACGAACUAAAUUGUAAUUUUGGGUCAAACGUCGAACUUAAUUCGAAUUAAGAUCGACCAGCACGUUCUCAGUUGAGUCGAACGUCGAACUUAAUUCACUCAAUUUAGUUCUUUUCAUGUAAAGUUCGACGUUUGACCUGGGCCUUAAUAUAGUAACGGAGAAACCUAAAGAAAACACAUCAAUACUUUAGAAGAUCAAAAUGUUUCAGCUAUGAUUUUAGUGCGUUAGAAAUUCAUUAGUUCUUAUAAUAGUGAAUUUGUCCAAUAAUUAAGCUGCACACUUGACUCUACCAAUUAGCGUAAUCAAUAUGAAUCUGUCCGGCAGAAUUCAAUUCAGGAUGCUCAAAUUUGUCAAUUCAAUUUCUCAAGUCAAUAUAAAAGUAACGCUUGUCAUUUUAUGCAACGUUUCAUUGUUGCUUUCUUUUAUGGGUCAAAGCGAACUUUAAUAUCCAGAGGAACGAAAACACUCUUACCUGGGUGAUUCCGACAUUCCUUUAUGGACAUACCGCAGCAUCUUUGGGUCUAUGGCUUGAAACAACAGUUCAAACAUGAAAUGAUAUGUUUUCGGGACAGAAACAGAGAAACCUAUCCCUUCGAAGAAUGGCUUUUAACAGCCGUUUUGAGGGUUACUUUUUCUCAUUUGCAUUACAAUGUAAUUC